AUGUCUUAUAUUCCUCCCCAUAAGCGACAUUCAAAGGAUCCGGUUAUACCUUCUCCUGUUCCAGAUUAUCUUGUUACAAAAUUCAAGAAAAACCUCAACUUCAAGAGAAGCCGUAUUACAUAUUCAGAAGAUUCUAUCUCAAAAUGGUUUAUUUUUAGUUCAAAUGGAAUCGAGGACGAAGUUCCUCCAUCUGUUCAGCUCGUGCCUGUGUCUUCAAAUUCUGCUGUAUUCGGAUAUGGAACAAAGCCUUCGGUAUUGAUGAACAACAAUGUCCGAAAAGCGAAUAUGAUAACUGAAGGGAGCGAAGAGGAAGAGAGAACUCGGUGGCUCUUAGUAGCAGAGAAGGUCGAGGAGGAUCUUGUGUUGGCAUAUGAGCGAGCUAAGAAGAAAAUGGAGUCUCAUCAUCUUUUAGAUACUGCUAAAUUGAGAUUGGUUGCUAGGUUUGGAAAAAAUUUCUCUCAUGGGCGUCCAUAUUCGCAAAUAUACUUGUAUAAGAUAUUCACUACGGACGUUCCAACUUCUUUCAUACAAAACAUUAAGUCUAAGGCUAUACCAAGCCAUAAAUUCUGUAUAGACAUGGAAAAGGAAACAUACAUUGUGAAGGUAUCGCAUUAUACUCGUCCCAAUGCAACCAUCAGGUGUAAAUGCAUUAUGAAGGAAGAUGGACGGCUUAGUAUGUACAAGGCAAGUCUUGAGUACAUUCUCUUCUUCGAUACAUCUCAUUUCGCUUAUGUGUCGAUACGAAAUGGUACAGUCCAGAGGCUGGCAUUUUCGAGGUUUAAGAACGCAAAUCGUCAUGAUGAAGAAAUCAAUAUGUUGGGGGACCGCCGUCUCUCCCCACAUCUCAGAUUUCUGAAAUACUACUUUGAUUCCGAAGUAGAAUCCCUAGCCGUGGGAGAUGCAAGGUUGGGUAAUGAAAUCAAUGUUAGGCUUGGAAUCCAAUGCGCUAAGCGAAAGUCUGCGAUUAAGCUCCUGAUAACAGGUAGGAUUCAUUUUGGUGAAGACGUCACGCCACUUAUCUCAUUGAUUGGUUCCCUCGAUGCUCUUGACCCACAAGUUAACCAGACAGGGAUGUCGCUUAAAGAUUUUUUUGGGCCAAAAUUUGCCCGAGUUGGCUAUGAUAGUACGAGACGUUAUUCUGUAUGCAAGGUGUGUUAUCUUGAUGGGAAACAAAAUAGAUGUUGCAGAUCAAGACUUCCAUUGCGGUUUCUAACUCAAGAAGUUGAAGCUGACUUGAAGGAAGUAACUAUUGCAUCCAUUGAGGUAGAUUUCUAUGAUAACGACGUGGCUGCUUCCAAGGAACUCUGUGCUGAGUAUCUCUCCACUCUUAAGAUAAGAGAUGACAUUCAACAAGCUUUUACUUCGAGGAUGAACGUGGUUGUUCCUCAUCUGACUGGACUGCUUGGGGAACGACUUGCUGCUCGGCUUAUCGCUCAAGUUGGAAGCUUACCUAAGCUAGUAAACCUUCCGGGAAGCAAGGUUCAAUACCUCGUAUUUACAAGAAACAAGCCGAAGGUCGCUCGAUCCCUAGCCACCAAAAUCUGUCUCGCAGCACGGUGCAAUCUUUUCGGCCGAGGAGGCCAAGUUAACCAUGUGGCAACUACAGGUCGGCAGAGCAUUACUCACAGGAUAACCACUCUUGAAGGUUCAGGCAUGUCUUAUAUACCUCCACAUAAGCGAAAUUCGAAGGAUCCGAACACACCUUCACCUGUUCCAGAUUCUCUUGUUACCAAAUUCAAGAAGAACCUCAACUUAAAUAGUAACAGUGAUAAACUCAACCGUAUUGUAUAUUCAGGAGAUUCCAUAUGGAAAUGGUUUCUUAUUGGUGCAAAUGGAAUUGAGGAUGAGAUUCCUCCAUCUGUUACGCUUGUGCCCUUGUCCUCAGAUUCUGUCGAAUGCAGAAAUGGAGAAAAACCUUCAAUACUGAUGAACAACAAUGUCCAAAAAGCAAAUAUGAGUAUUGGAGAGAGCGAAGAAGAUGAGAGAACUCAAUGGAUGUUGUUAGUAGCAGAGAAGGUCGAGGAGGAUCUUGUGUUGGCGUAUGAGCGAGCUAAGACCUCGAUGGACGAGGAGAGUCAUAGUGUAUUGAGAUUGGUUGCUAGUUUUGGUAAAAAUCUCUUCUAUGUGCGUCAAGCUGGUCCUUUGAAGGAAUGUUCGCGGAAAAACAUGAAUAAGGUUUUCGAUGCCGACGUCCCAACUUCUUACAUACAACACAUCAAGUCUAAGGUUGUACCAAGUCAUGAGUUCUGUAUUGAGAAGGAAAAGGAAACAUACAUUGUGAAGGUAUCGCAUUAUACUCGUCCCAACGAAACCAUCCAAUGUAAAUGUAUCCUUAAGGAAGAUGGACAGCUCAGUAUGUACAAGGUCGAGCUUAAUCUUGUUAGGCAUUUGGUUGUAGAUGUGUCAUGCAUUGAUAAGAAUCUUGACAUGAGACUGAUGCUCACUGCCAAAAGGAAAAUGACAACUCUCACCGAGAAAGAGAUAAGUAACAUCAAAGGGCUACUGGAUCCAGCGACUGUUGAUCCAAAUGUGAAAGGCGGUUUGAGGUGGCCGCUUGGCAAAUCUUCAUCCGGGGAUGGAUACAAAGUAUUUGAAACUUGUCAUGUUAAAUCUACAGUCUACAAAAACCAAACUCUAAGGCUUAGAGUUAGAAAGACUGAUAGAUUCAAUGAGAGGAUUGGAACUGGGGAAAUCAAGAGAGAGGUGGCUUUGAUGCUUAAAGACAUUAAUACUAAGUUACAGGAGCAGAACAUUGAGAGGGGUUGUGCUAUGGAAAUGCUUAAAGAUGCUCUUGGAACUCUAUGGGACUUCUUGCAUUGUGAUGCUUAUCUUACUUAA